UCAAGGAAUCUCGUAAAACCGACACUAAAACGUCCCUGACUACAAAUCAUCCGGCCAAAUUAUGAGUUCAUUGUAUUAUGCGAAUGCUUUAUUUUCUAAAUAUCCAGCCGCAAGUUCGGUUUUCGCUCCAGGAGCCUUUCCCGAACAAACUUCUUGCGCCUUUGCUUCCAACCCCCAGCGCCCGGGCUAUGGAGCAGGUCCCGGCGCCCCGUUCUCCGCCUCGGUGCAGGGCCUGUACCCCGGCGGGGGGGGCAUGGCGGGCCAGAGCGCGGCCGGCGUCUACGCGGCCGGCUACGGGCUCGAACCGAGUUCCUUCAACAUGCACUGCGCGCCCUUUGAGCAGAACCUCUCCGGGGUGUGUCCGGGCGACCCCGCCAAGGCGGCUGGCGCCAAGGAGCAGAGGGACUCGGACUUGGCGGCCGAGAGUAACUUCCGGAUCUACCCCUGGAUGCGAAGCUCAGGAACUGACCGAAAGCGGGGCCGCCAGACCUACACGCGCUACCAGACCUUGGAGCUGGAGAAGGAAUUCCACUAUAAUCGCUACCUGACCCGGCGCCGUCGCAUUGAGAUUGCGCACGCGCUCUGCCUCACCGAAAGACAGAUCAAGAUCUGGUUUCAGAACCGACGUAUGAAAUGGAAAAAGGAGAACAAAACCUCAGGCCCUGGCGUCACUGGCCAGGAUAAGGCCGAAGCAGAGGAGGAGGAAGAAGAGUGAGGGCCCGGGAAAGCAAAGAGAAGAAUCCAGCUCUGGAAACUGAAGCAUGAAAUGCAAAUAAGGGGAAAAAUCUAUUUAAAUGAAGCAGUUUAAAAAAUAAUGAGAAGGGUGAAAUUUGGGCUUCUCAACACUGUAAAAAAAAUACUACCUAUGGGAAAGUGUGUUGUCUGUUUUGUACAUACUACCUUUGUGUGGGAAGGACAUACUACCUGCUCCGUGGCUUUCUGGAAUGUGCCUCCCCUUUUCUAUGUUGCUAGUAAGGUCUUUGUAAAAUCUUGCUGUUUUGUAAGCCCUCUUUGACACUGUCUUUGUGGACUGUGGUUCCUUGCCUACCCUGUACUUCCUGGUAGCAGCACUCAAAGGGCCUUAGGGAGCCUCGAGGACCCACUAGCUUCUGCCUCCGGUGCACUUCGCUGCUGAUCCUGGCUCCUACCCCUUCCCAUGAGCUUCUUUCUGUAUAUCUGAAGG